UUUUCGCCACACGUUGUUUUGUAGUCAUAGGCGUGUGUAGCUUAAAAAAUAGUUACGCAUGCCAUUUUUUUGUGGGUUAAACUUGAUUCUUGUUGAGUUGUUCCUUCUGUACUUAAUGUAGGUGUCACUGUGGAAUUUAACGAGUUGUCACUUGAAUCUCGUGGCACAUAUCAGAGUCGAACGUUAUAGAGACCGGAUUAGCUUGCUAGCUCGCUAACUGGCAGCAGCAGUAUGGCAGCGGUGCUGGAGCUCAUCGCAGGCAGCUAUGAGCAAAUUACUUUCGGAUACCAAGUAAAAACGGGGGAAAACGAAUGGACAGCCAAACCUGACUUUACACAUCACGCUCACACAGCUUCAGUAUCAGCUGUGGCGGCCAGUGAGAGGUUUGUGGUCACGGGAAGCAAAGAUGAAACUAUACAGUUAUACGACAUGAAGAAGAGAACAGAACAUGGUGCUCUGCUGCAUCAUGAAGGUACCAUCACCUGCCUGGAGUUCUAUGGUUCGUCCCACUUGCUGAGUGGAGGGGAAGACGGGCUCUUGUGUGUGUGGAGCACAAAGAAGUGGGAGUGCAUGACGACCAUCAAAGCUCAUAAAGGUCACGUCACUUCGCUCUCCGUCCAUCCGUCGGGGAAACUGGCGCUGUCGGUCGGGACGGACAAGACUCUGAGAACCUGGAAUCUCAUCAAUGGCAGGUCGGCUUUUAUCAAAAACAUCAAACAGAAUGCACACAUUGUCAGAUGGUCUCCAGAUGGCGACAGAUAUGUGGUGGUAGUGAACGACAAAAUUGAUAUCUACAAGCUGGAGACGGCGAUUGUAACGGGAACGAUCGCAAACCCGAAGAGGAUCUCGUCUGUGAAAUUCUUAAACAACUGCGUCCUGGCCGUUGCAGGAGACGAUGAAACUGUGAGGUUCUGUGAUGUGGAAAAAGCUAAAUGGGUUUGUGAGUUCAAGGCUCAUGAAACGAGAGUAAAAGCAGUCGACAGUUUGAUUGUGGAUGAUUACUGCGUGCUUUUAACGGCUUCAAAUGACGGCUACAUCAAAAUGUGGAAAAUCCACCUGAAAGAGGAGCUGGAGCCUCCUGUUCUACUGGGGGAAGUGAACACAACAGCGAGACUGACGUGCCUCACAGUGUGGAGGCCAAUGCAGCCCAUAUCUGAUGGUCCAUCGAAAGCAGCAACAUCUGAAGAUCUUGCUCAGGAACUCGCCAAGAAGAAGAGAAUCCGAGAGAUAUCAGAAAAAGUCAUUGUAGAGGAUGAGAGCAAACCCAAAAAGAAGAAGAAGAAAAAUGGCGGAAAAAAGACUGUCAAACAAUAAAAAAUAUUCUUAACCCAUUCAUGCUUUUAUGUCAACUUACUGUGCCAUACAAAUACUUGCAUUUUGAAGUUGCCAGAUUUGGUUAGAUUCAUGUAAAUAUUUUAUAUAUUUUUUGUUUUGAUUUUUGUGCUUUUAAGUUAUUCCUAUUUUUGGUACCUAUACACAACCACCACCUUUCUUAUAAAUAUAAACACCUUUUGUAGCAGUAUAUAUUAAUUAUAAUAUUGAUUUAGACUUUAUGUAAAUGAGUGCAAUCUAUGAGAUCUUUUAUUUUGAAAGUUGCUAACUUUUGUGGAACUGCUUGCCAAAUAAUCAGUUUAUUAAGCUUUUCUUGUAAUUACGAGGUUUUACAUUGCUGAUUCUAAACUUGCGUCAGUUUAAUAAAUCAACAUUUAUGCUUACGUUUAA